AUGUGUACAUAUCACAAGGAGCGCGGCCAUUACACUACACAAUGCCAACCUUUCAAACGGUAUCUAGAAGAGCUUGCAGCAGCUGGGCAUUUAAAUCGGUGGAUUGACGGUCGGCGAAGUUCACUUCCUCCGCCUCCACCGAUCAUCGGCAAUCUCGUAAGCGUUAUUCAAGGACUGGUUUCCGAAGACAGGGCAGCCGAGCUUCGUUCAGAAAUUGACAGAGCCAUCACCUCUUUACCCGUUUGCAACGUCGGCAUUUCGGGAAAGCGACAACGGGAAGAUCUGAGCCUCGACAACCCUAUCACUUUUACGUCUGACGACUUGAAAGGUGUGCAACUCCUUCAUACGGACGCCCUCGUUGUUACUAUUACUAUUGAUAGAUCAACCGUUCAGCGGGUGUUGAUAGAUCAAGGAAGCUCGGCGGACGUAAUGUUUUAUUCAACAUUUCAGAGCCUCGGAUCAUCUCCUGCUCAACUUCGGACAGCAUCUACUCCUCUCGUCAGUUUUACUAGAGCCCCGGUCUGGCCACUCGGCUUAAUCUCUCUUCCUGUGCGGGCUGGAUCACGGGUUCUUGAGAUUGAGUUUGUGGUGGUCGCUUCUCCCAGCCCAUACAACGUCAUACUCGGCCGAACCUGGCUGCACGAGAUGAAGGCAGUCGCUUCUACCUUUCACCAGGUGGUAAAAUUUGUUGGAUGGAAUGGUCGUCAAGAAAGCCUCCGAGGGGACCAGAUCCAAUCAAAAGAAGUGCUACAUCAGCACUGUAACAAACAAAAGGAGCUCUAUGGAAGUACAAGAAGUAUUUGCUUGGACUCCGCAAGAAAUGCCGGGUGUGGAUCCCACAUCCGCCGUGAUGCAUUGAAUGUCGAUCCCAGUAAGCGGCCGGUGGUGCAGAAAGUCCGACGCUCGUCCGCCGCACACGUCGAAGCCGUGAUGACAAAGGUGGAUCAACUGUUAAAGGCUGGCGCCAUUCGGGAAGUUUUAUAUCCCACAUGGCAUGCCAAUCCAGUGAUUGUUCCGAAGAAGAAUGGGAAGCUACGGGUUUGUGUUGAUUACACAAACCUCAAUGACGCCUGUUCUAUGGAUCGGUUUUCCCUCCCUCGGAUUGAGCAAAUGGUGGACGCAACAGCAGGAUGCGAACGCCUAAGCUUUAUGGAUGCAUACCGGGGCUAUCAUCAGAUAGCUUUAGCUCCAGAAGAUCAGGAAAAGACGGCCUUUAUUUUCUCCUCGGGGAACUUACUGCUACAAGGUCGUGCCGUUCGGCCUGAAGAAUGCUGGUGCAACCUUCCAAUGCUCCAUCACAAAGAUGUUUCCUGCACAUUCGCUCGGGACCACCUUCGGGAUCUGGGAGAGGUCUUUGAUGUCUUGAAUCGGAGGAAGUUGCGCCUAAAUGCUGAGAAGUGUGCGUUUGGUGUAAGCUCAGGGAAGUUCCUUAGUUACAUAGUAAGCCGCCGAAGAAUCGAAGCUAAUCCCACACAGAUCUUGGCCGUGCAGAAUCUCUGA